CGUAAUCAUCAAUUAGCCAUGCAGAUCUUUCAAUCAUUUGCAGGCCUGCUGGCUCUUGCCUCGGUGGGAGUCGCCGACUUUCUCUUUCACGGCUCCUCCAUUGUGAUUUAUCCCUCCGCAGUAUCAGUGCAUCCUAAAGAUAGCGAAUAUGUUGGAGCGAACUUCUUCUCCUACGUGACUCCUCAAGGCUAUUUCAGUUUCGGCUGGUGGCUUGACCCGGUCCCAAAUACCGACACUUCUCAUUGCUCGCCGAAGCCUCGUCAGAUCGACUGGUUUGAGUAUACCUCAACGGGCAACUGCACGGCUGUGGAAUGCCGAGUCCACGCCGUCAAUUACCUGGUCCAAGACCCGUCGAAACCGUCCAUCGAUUCGGACUAUGUAGCGACUGCCCUCGACCUGGGCAAUGGUGAAGCUGGACGCUUAGCGCUCAGUUACUUCGACAGGCCCCUUGGAGGAUAUGCUGUCGGGUCCCGUAACGUCCUCAGUGGUGAUGACGUGGAUAGGAAAUCCAUCCGAGACUGUCACGAUGCCUUUGAGACUCUGACAAACAUCCAACAGAGAUGGAAGGUCCAGCUCCCAUUUGAACUGAUCAACCCAUGCGGUGAGGUUUCGGGGGAGUCUCUCCAAUAUCACUUGGGACUGUAGGAGCAAGUCAUGUAUUUUCACUUUCUGCGACUGAGGUCCCAACCAUGGUGUCAGUUCUCUGUGGAAAAAAGCUCUUUGAGUUUUCAAGGAGGUGGAAGUUUUUUAAUGGAUAUAACGGAGGAGGAAUAGCAUUGCCUUGAAAAUGCCAAUGAUGAC